GCAAUUAAAGGCCUUGGCGGGAUUGGUUCCGUGUCCGGGCUUUUCUGUUGCUCCGAGGGUUUCACCUCGAACCCUUCCCUGCGUGGAGGAGGGCCUGCUGAUGCCCGAUUCCUUUGCAGUCAUAUCCUCUGGGAAAAUACCAGACUUUCCUAAACCUACCCUGCUAGGAGGCUAGAAGAGGGCUCGAAGUAAGGAGAUGUGUCUUGGGGCCGCCUGUGCUUCCGCUCCUGGAAAGGUGUGGAUACACGUUGAGGAGCAGAAGAAACUCUUAAAUUCUGGAAAUAGUGACUCAGUAUCAUGGCCAGCCGCCUUAAUGAAGAUCCAGAAGGAAGUCGAAUCACUUAUGUAAAAGGAGAUCUUUUCGCAUGUCCCAAAACAGACUCUCUAGCCCAUUGUAUCAGUGAGGAUUGUCGAAUGGGUGCCGGAAUAGCUGUUCUCUUCAAGAAGAAAUUUGGAGGAGUACAGGAACUGUUAAGUCAACAAAAGAAGUCUGGAGAAGUGGCUGUUCUGAAGAGAGAUGAGCGAUAUAUAUAUUACUUGAUUACAAAGAAGCGGCCUUCACACAAGCCGACGUAUGAGAACCUACAGAAGAGUUUAGAGGCCAUGAGGUCCCAUUGUUUGAAGAAUGGAGUCACUGACCUCUCCAUGCCCAGGAUUGGAUGUGGCCUGGAUCGUCUGCAGUGGGAAAAUGUAUCUGCGAUUAUUGAAGAAGUGUUUGAGUCAACAGACAUCAAGAUUACCGUGUAUACACUCUGAACAGAUGACGAUUCUGGAUAGGCCCAGUGUUUUGUGUCAAUCCCUACUUGGCCGUAGGACUAAGCAAUUGUAGGACUUAAUGGCCAGAGGACAGUCGGUGUGAGGGAAUCUUUGUCACAGAUAAGAUGAGGGCUUCUGUAUUCCAAAAGGAUAAGGUGGGCACUGCGCCCAAGCAGUGUUGCUGUAUUCUUUUGCAGGAGGGUGGUCUGUCACUAACCCAGGAAACCAGAUAGGUAAGCUGUUCUAGGGCCUGUUUUGUUUGUCCACUACUGGGUUUGUUUGGCUGGUCACUAGGUGGCAGCAUUGGUUCUAAUUCUUUUUCUUUUAAAGAGACAUUAUGGGAAGGGUAACCUUUUGAGAUUCUUCACGUCUCUUGUGUUUGUACACUUGGUGUUAGUUUGAUGUCAUCAAAAAUCAUCAUAGGAAAGGGUAUGGUUGUUUUAGUUACAAAUAUCACCAAGGAGUUUGUGGUGACAAGAAUGGAACAAUAAACCUUUCUCUUAGGUUCACUGA